AUGAACCUACCAAUGCCCUUCCGCCCGGAGACCAUCCACACCAUCCUCCCAACUUUCUCUUCCUUCCUCACCUGGAAAACCCUAGCCCUGGUCCUAGCCCUCAUCAAUCUCAAAAACCUCCCUCUAGCCUGGCACCUCCGCAUCCUCCACCACCUCUGGUGGAACCUCCGCCGCAAACCCCAAGACCCGCACUUCCCCAAAGCCAAGUCCAACCCCAAUAUCAAACACUCCCCCAAACCCCGCAAAAUCCACCCCAUCUUCACUCCCUACUCCAUCACCUCCCGCACCCCCAUCCUGGAAACAGACUACAACUUCCACAAAUCUAACAGCACGUACUUCACCGACUUGGAUAUCUCGCGCACGGCACUAGUCACGAGACUAUACACGCCUGGGCUGAGUAUCGUGAGUAAGGAGCUUGAUGUUGAGUUGCUAUCUACUUCUGCUUCCCCAGAGGUCAAAGGGAAGGGAAAGGGGAAGGAGGCGAACAUUCCCAAGACGAUGUAUGUGGCGCUGGGGUCGGUGUAUUGUGGGUUUAAGAGGGAGAUUAAGCCGUUUGUGCGGUAUGAGGUUGAGUCGAGGGUUGUGGGGUGGGAUCGGAAGUGGUUGUAUGUUUUGAGCUUUUUUUUGGGGUCUGGGAAGGGGAAGAACAAGGGAGAGAGGGUGCUUUUUGCGGCGGCAUUGGGCAAAUAUGUUGUUAAGAAGGGACGGGUGACGGUUUUGCCGGAGAGGGUUUUGAGGGCGAGUGGAUUUUUGCCUGGGAGGCCUUCUGAGGAAUCUCGGAUGGAGGGUAGUUUUGUCGAUGUGUCUGGGGUUGGGACGCCGGCGGGGGAGGAGGGGAUUAUGGCUACGGCUGGGGUUGAUGGGGCGCUUGUGCGGGAGGUUUUGAAGAUAGGGGAGGGGGAAAUUCCUGAGGAGAGGGAGUUGGAGGCGGAGAAGAAGGCGAAUGUUGAGGAGUGGGAUGGGGGUGAGUGGACUUGGGAGAUGAUUGAGGAGGAGAGAUUGCGGGGUUUGAAGGUCGUGCAGGGUUAUGUGGAUUUGGAUGCGAAGUUAUAUGCGGAGUGGGAGCGGUAG